AUGAAUCAAGGUAAUUCAUCUACAAAUAUUCCACAAGGUACCGCGACGAAUAAUCCAGCUAGCGCUGCAUCAACUUCAAGCGUAACACCCCCUGUCGCACCAGGUUCUCAACAUCAACUAGCCUCCAUUCAAGCGCCAACCACAAUCGUGAAUGCCAAUACUAUUCCACCAUCUCAUGUAAAUACUGGCGAAAAUAAAAAUGCUGUGGUGUUACCCUCUCUGUCCACUUUAAAUAAUAGUACCGAACAAAAAGAACAACAGGAACAACAACAUUUUAACCCAUUAAAUAUUUUAAACACGAACGGUAGUAACCGGAAGAAUUCGACGAUGGAUUCUAUAAUGAACCCAGAACCCCCUACUUCAAUGGUUAGUAAGGCCAGUACUACAAAUACUCAAACUACACCUUCUUCCAGUUCUGUUCCUCCAAUAAAUAAUGGAAAUGUCAAGGUCAAAAAUGAAAGAGCACCUUUCUUCGGCACUGGGGUAUCUGUGGCAAGUUUCGACAAUCCCCUUCCGCCAUUGAAUCAGCAACAAAGCCAACCCUCAUUCCCUGCCAUGCAUAUGAGAGAUCAACAGCAGCAGCAGCAAAUGGCAGCAGCACCUGCAGCAGCUGAAGACGAUGCCUCAUACAGACCUCUUAAUGUUAAAGAUGCUCUAUCAUAUUUGGAGCAAGUAAAACAGCAGUUCAAUUCUAGACCUGAUAUCUAUAAUCAAUUUUUAGAUAUCAUGAAGGAUUUCAAAUCACAAACUAUUGAUACACCAGGUGUUAUUGAAAGAGUUUCUACGCUUUUCAGAGGAUAUCCUUCUUUGAUUCAAGGUUUCAACACUUUUUUACCAACCGGUUAUAGAAUCGACUGCCCCAGUAACCCAAAUGACCCAAUAAAGGUCACCACGCCAAUUGGAUCUUCAACCUUACACGAAAUGACUCGUUCAGUCCAACGUGCUAACAGCAACUUACAGCAGCAGCAGGCCCUUUCUCAAAAUAAUAUGAUGCAACAAGCUCAAAUUCCAAUUGGUAGUAUCAGUAAUAAUGCUAAUCUUAAUGCAGCCGUACAAUCAGUUGACGAUCAAGCCAAACAAGCCAAUAAGAAACCUGCCGAUGUAGAAUUUAGUCAAGCAAUCAAUUAUGUCAAUAAAAUCAAGAAUAGAUUCGCUGAUCAACCUGACAUUUACAAAAACUUCCUCGAGAUUUUACAGACCUAUCAGAGGGAACAAAAACCAAUAAAUGAAGUGUAUGCUCAAGUAACCAUCUUAUUUCAAAAUGCACCAGAUUUGCUCGAUGAUUUCAAAAAGUUUUUACCAGAUUCUUCAAAAGAACAGCAGUACACGGGCCAGCUUCCUCAACAAAUUCCAAAUCAAGAACAAUUAGAAGAAUUCUCUGGCAGCUAUGCUAGACCACCUAAUGCACCACUUGAUAUGGUAGCUCAACAAAGUCUACCUCCAAUUGGCAGUUUUUCUCCGCCAGCAAACACCGGAAUUUCAAUGCAUGAUCAAAGUCAACGCCCUCACAUGAUGGCUUUACCUUCUAUGCUUCAGCAUGAACAGAUAAUCGAUAUGAAUAACCACCCAAAACCAGCAGUUAGUACACAAGGGAUUUCUAAUGACGAGAUCCCUGUAUCUGAUGUCAGAAUGGCGCAAUAUCCUAAUGGAGCAGUUCCUGACUACGGGCAAUAUCCAACACAUCCACAAAUGAAGCCUGAUCUUGCCACCCAAAGACAUAUAUUACAGCAACAGGAAAUUCAGCAGCAACAAUUGAUGUUACAACAACAACAGGAACAGGAAUUACUUGAACAACAACAGCAACAGUAUGUUGAGGCACCAGUGAGACCAGAAAUUGAUUUGGACCCUAGUAUUGUCCCCGUCGUUCCAGAACCAACAGAGCCUAUAGAAAGUAAUUUCACACUUAUCGAAGAGACAAGUUUCUUUGACAAAGCCAAGAAAUUUAUAAAUAACAAACAAAUAUACACCGAAUUUCUAAAGGUGUUGAACUUGUUCUCACAAGAUUUGAUUAGUGUCGAUGAUUUAGUUAAUAAGGUUGAAUAUUAUAUCGGUUCCAGUAAAGAAUUAUUCGAGUGGUUUAGAAAUUUUGUUGGAUACCAAGGUAAUCCAAAAAUUAUUGAAAAUAUUGUUCACGAAAAACACAGACUUGAUUUGGACCUUUGUGAGGCCUGUGGCCCAAGUUACAAGAGAUUACCAAAAUCAGAUACGUUUAUGCCUUGUUCUGGUAGAGAUGAUAUGUGCUGGGAAGUUUUAAAUGAUGAAUGGGUUGGUCACCCUGUUUGGGCUUCCGAAGAUUCGGGUUUUAUCGCACACCGUAAGAACCAGUACGAAGAAACUUUAUUCAAAAUUGAAGAAGAAAGACAUGAAUAUGAUUAUUAUAUUGAAUCCAAUUUGAGAACGAUUCAAACCCUUGAGGCAAUUGUUAAUAAAAUAUCCAAUAUGAGCGAAGAGGAAAAGAAGAAUUUCAAAUUAGAACCAGGCCUAGGUCAUACUUCAUUAACCAUUUACAAGAAGGUUAUUAGAAAAGUGUAUGAUAAAGAAAGAGGGUUUGAGAUUAUUGACGCUUUGCAUGAACAUCCUGCUAUUGCAGCACCAAUUGUAUUAAAGAGAUUAAAGCAAAAAGAUGAAGAAUGGAGAAGAGCACAGCGUGAAUGGAAUAAGGUUUGGAGAGAAUUAGAGCAAAAAGUUUAUUUCAAGUCAUUAGAUCAUUUGGGACUGACGUUUAAACAAGCUGACAAGAAACUCUUGACAAUCAAACAGCUUAUUUCCGAAAUUAGUAGUAUCAAAGUCGAUCAAAAUAAUAAGAGAAUUCAUUGGCUGACACCAAAGCCAAAGAGUCAGCUAAAUUUUGAUAUAAAAGACUUCGAAAUUUUAUUUGAUAUUCUGAGUUUAUCGGAAAAUUUCAUCAAUCAUAGCUCAACCUAUUCAACUUCUGACAAGGAAAGACUCAAUGAUUUUCUGAAAUCCUUCAUUAGUUUAUUUUUCAGUGUUCCACUCAACGAAAUAAACAAUGCUUUGGAUAAGAGAAAUAAUCAAAAAAAUUCUGAAAAAGUAACAGACAGUGCACUUCCAGAUGGAACUGAAAAUCAGAAGAAAAGAUCCAUUCAUGACAUUGAAUUGUCAAUGAGUGAUAUUUUACAUAGAACCAAAUAUCAAAAAAUGAAACUGUCAAAUAGGGGCAGCGACUCACAGGAAGAGAACAACAUCGACACCAUCAUCGAUGAGGAAAGUGAUGAAAGGCUUGCAGAAGAAGCAGACUUAAUCAGACAAGACGCUAAACGACCAUGGCUAUUAGGGGACAUUAUUGAUAAGACCAAUACUCAGGGUAUAAUCACUGAUAGAAAGAAAUUCAAUCUUUUCGCUAAUACAAAUAUCUAUGUCUUUCUCCGUCAUUGGACUACCUUAUAUGAAAGAUUACUUGAAUUAAAAGAAAUGAAUGGGGAAGUCACAAAAGAAAUUAACAAUAGAAAAUCUGUCAAAUUUGCCGAGGAUUUAGGACUAGUCUCCACCCAGUUGAAAAAUAUGGGAUUAGAUUUUGUCGACAAAGACAGCUACGAGGAAUUAUUAAGAUUGAGCAAAAGACUCAUCGAAAAUGAUAUUGAGCAUCAAUGGUUUGAGGAAAGUCUCCGUCAAGCAUAUAAUAACAGAGCUUUUAAGUUAUACACGGUUGACAAAGUUGUGCAAGCUCUAGUUAAACAUGGUCAUACUCUGAUGACAGAUUAUAAAACUACUGAAGUGAUGAAGCUAUUCGAAAAGGACAGAUUGUCUUCUGCGACAAGCGCUAAAGAUCAGAUUCUAUAUCGUUUACAAGCUCGUUCGCACAUGUCAAAUACCGAGUACAUGUUCCGUAUAGAAUAUAACAAGGAUGAUAGAAACAUUUGUAUCCAGUAUAUCGCUUUGGAUGAUCUUACUUUGAAAGAAGGAAAUACUGAAGAAGAAAAAUGGAAAUAUUAUGUAACAUCCUAUUCAUUGCCUCACCCUACAGAAGGUAUUGAUCACGAAUCAUUGCAAAUACCUUUCCUGCAGAAGAUAUUAGAAUUUGAUCAAGAAGAGCUUGAAAAUAAUGAUGAAGAGAAUAAGAGUAAUGGUAAAUAUUCUCCUGAAGGGGUGUCGAAUUCGAUGUACAAAAUUAAGAUACAUCCAGGAAACUAUGCGCUAGAUAUCCAGACUGGUUCAUUUGAUAUUUUUUCAAGAAAGUCUCUGAAUAAAUAUCCUGUUAAAGUUAACGAAGAUCAUGAAUCAUUGAAAUUGAAUAAAAAGAAGAAUAUACUGAACACCUUCUUAGAAAGCAAUAACGGUUGGAAGAAGCACUUAAAGAAGCAGCUGUCAUUGAAGAAGAACGAAUCGGAACCUGAAAGCGCCGAGACGAGGACAAUUCCGGCAGUCCCUGCUUCUACCACCGACAAACCUCCUUCAAUGGAACAAAGCACAGGCAUAUGA